GUGCUUCACUUGGUUGAUAGCUCAUUUCCGCCGCGAUUACCGUUCCUUUGCCUGCCGGACCGCUGACACUAAAUAUUAGUAUAAUGGUCGGAGGAUUGCCGGAGAGAAAGAAAAAUCCCCGUCGGUCUACGCCGAAAAUCUUGAUGGAUACAUUUAAGUUGUUCGAUCCAUCGCGAAUUUUUGCGAAUCAUCGAAGAUUUUGAGUGCAAUUGGUGCAGGCUCGCGCAACACAGUGAAUAAUGCGAUUUUGCCCCUUUCCUACCUGCUUCCGCAAUUUGCGGAUAUAUUCGUCUCGCGUGCGAUUAUUUAUUUUAACAAUCUCUCCACGUGAUUCACAUCCAGUUACACCGACUUUCGAGCCGAAAUGGAAUUUCGUGCUCCUCGUUCCCGGCGUAUACUUUCGCGACGAUCGCUCGGCGCAUGCAUUUCUAUUUAUUUAUACCCGUGCCGCUUCCGCUCUGUUUAUUUUCUCUCACGGCUCAAUCUUGGCAACGUUUUUCCUUUCCUCCAUCUAUCUCAAACGCGCGAGAACAAACUGCAAACCGUAAUGUGUAAGUGUACGUCCGAUAUUCCUAUUGUUUGACUCCUUCGUUCGCUCUCAGUUUGCCCUCUGACAAUUGUAUCACAACGAUAUUUGUUAAAUGAUCGCCGGAAGCAACGCAUAAUCAGGAACGGGAAAUACGAUUUUUUUCCUUUCUUGCCUCCUUUUUUUCUUUUAAUGUGUUUGAUCAACGUGUAUUACGAGAAAGUAUGGGAAAUACCAAAAGUCGAUCUAUUCGUGUUCUACGAUCUUAUUUCUAACUACCGACGAAACGAAAGCAUGCCGAUCGGAGAUCGCUCGCUAUCCCUAUAGCGGAAGUGUGCAUUAUGCUCGUUAAAAUCUGCGUGUCGUUUGAGGGAUUCGACCGUUGUUGCGGCGCGCCGAUCCAGAAAGCGCCGGCGUUUAUCCGCUGAUUGUGAUUCAGUUGUCGACGGCGACGAGGGCGCGAGGACGCGAUCUCUUUCGACGACGACUUCGCCGUCGACUUUUCCUCGAGCGUUGCGAGAUCACGCAACAGCAUUGGUAACAAGUGCGAACGAAUUCGCCACGACUUGCGCGGUCAAUGAGGUCAAUUCUGUUUCCUGUCGCGCGCGUUCAAUUACCGAUAGAGCCCACCGGAGACCCGAACAUGCUCGUGCCGGCGUGGAAAUAAUUAUUUUAUUAGCCGUUCGUGCGAGUUCCGGUCAAAUUAAUACUGCGAGAACGCGGUCGGUGCAUUAAAAAACCCAUUUAGUUGUGCGAAACGAAAUUUGGCUACCUCAACUCUAUAUCUCUUUUUUGCCUAUGGGCAAAUAAAUAUUUUAAUUAAUAUGACAAAACAAUUUAAUUGGAAAAUUUUAUAAUACUAACACAACACAUAAAAUUAUGGUUUGUAUGUAAUUAAAUUUUGGUUUAUACUCUAAUAUUGUCUCCUAAGUCAAUUGUGUGUUAAUAUUAUUAAAGUUUCCAACUAAAUUUUUAUGUUGCGUCAACCAGCAAUUUUUGAUAGCCACGUUCAAAUAAAAGAUUUAGUUGAUUUAAGUGCAAUUUAUUCAGUGAAAUCGGUUCCCCUCAAUGUACAAUACAGAAGGAAAUGCAUAAAUAGUUAAAAAAUAAAUCGUUUAAGUAUCUAUCAUGUCCUUGAUAUGUAGCGCAAUUCAAUGUUAUUCAAAGGUCCAAAUAAGUAGUAUAGAAUGUAAUAAGCCAUAGGAAGAAAAUGCAUUACAUGAAAGUUACACUAAUAUAUGUCACUUUCGUAUCUUUAAACUUAAAGUCUCUCAUUUAUAAUAUACAGUAACAAUUUUAUUUCGAAUAACUAGCAUAACGAGUACAGGGUGUUGCAUCAACAUACGACUCAUUACGACGGGUUGCCUGCCCAAAGGCGCGCAGAUAAUAAUUCCUUGUCGUUAUCGACUUACCGAUAUAGUCACUCGCAUACUUUUCCAAUCAAGUUCUAGUGUUUCUAGCAUCAUUCACGCUAAAAGUAUAUUCUGUUUGUAUACAAAUGCGAAUGCGAACGUAGCAAUUUGUUAAAGUGAAAAAUUCUUUCUCCGCGAGACAUGUACUGAUCAUGGUAACUAAGAUUGCUUGCUUUUUGUAAUGUUUUUUUUUUUUUAAUAAAUGUCCACUAAAUUUUAUAUAAUCAGUCAACAAAAUAGUUCAAACAAGAAAUUUUCAUUCAACUAAGUGGGUUUCUCGGUGCGCCGGCUUCAGACAGUGAACUCGUUACGGAGUGCACGUAUCCAUUUAAUGUCGCGGGGACGAAUUUUCGCUGUAACUAAUGCUACAGAAUCGCGCGCGAACAAAUUACGGGCUACAUGUAUCGAAAGCGAAUGACUGGGGAUACUGGAGUGAAAAUGGACCAGACAACUGGCCCGGACUGUGUACAGCAGGAAAGAAGCAGUCGCCGAUCGAUAUUGUAACGGAAGAUACUGUAAGAUUCGAUCUUGGUGCACUCAAAUUCGACCGAUACGACUUCGCGUUUUCCGGCAUGGUAAUUAACACCGGCCACUCCGUGCAAAUUACUUUGGACGGAGUGCCGAUCCACCUGAGCGGCGGCAGCCUGCCGUCGAUAUACGUUCUGGAGCAGAUGCAUUUUCACUGGAGCGCCGAGCAUACCGUGGACGGUUUUCGUCAUCCGUUGGAAUUGCAUUUCGUGCAUUACGACGUUCAGUACGCGAAUUUCAGCGUGGCCGCGGAACACGAGAACGGUAUCGUGGUGGUCGCUGUGCUGUUCGAGCUGAGCAACGAGGACAAUCAGGAUCUGGCGGCGAUUCUAAAGGCGACGGAGUUGGUGUCGCAGUGGGUGGGGAAGAAUAUGGUGCACAUAAGAAAGAAACUAAUACCCUAUCUGCUAUUACCGAAGGACCACACUACGUAUUACCGUUAUCAGGGAUCCUUGACUACUCCGGGAUGCCAGGAGUCUGUCAUGUGGUUCAUCAUGACCGAGAAACUCACGGUAUCCGAAACGCAGGUGAACGUGUUUAAACGCGUGAUGAGCGGCGACCACGCCCUAAAGUCCAAUUACAGACCUACUCAAGAUCUCGGCGACAGGAAGGUGUAUCAUCGUCUGGAAGGAUAUUCCGGAACGUCUUCGUUCUCUUCGAGUAUAAUCUCGAAUAUCCUCAGUAUCGUGCUAGUCAGACUGUUGCAGUUAAGCGAUGACUUUUAAAGUUAAUUUUUGUUCGACGCAUUUGCAGUGUAUGUUACAAGGGAGUUCUGUAAUUAUAUCAUCUGGUGUUAAUAUAUAAAAUUUGACAUAGGAAGAUCUCUUGCAACGUAACGCAAAAAAAUACCGAACAAAAAUUUGUAAAAUUUUGAGACUUAUAGUCCUUCUUUAAAUUUCGUUAAUGUACAGAUCUUUCAGAUCUCCAAUUGUUGGACUCUUAGGUGUUUUAAUCUAUGUACAGCAAUCUUUUUUAUACUAUAAUAUUCUUUCAUGUAUUAUAAUUAACAUACGUAAUAUUGUCAUGUGAAAGCGCAGGUGAACGUUAAUGUCAAACGCCCGACAUGUCGCCGAUUUGCGAGAACAUGCCAAAAUGAGUAUCAAAUAGAGCACAGUGCAUUUUUAUAAGAAUUA